CGGACUCGUGCCUUCUCGCCCUCCGGCCUCGCCGCCAGCUCCUCCCUAGUCCGCCGCCGUCACCCGGGAAACCGGCUGAGCUCGCCCGCAGACUUGAAGCUGGUUUCAUGGCAGCCUCGAAGAAAGCAGUUUUAGGGCCACUGGUGGGAGCUGUGGAUCAGGGCACCAGCUCGACGCGCUUUUUGGUUUUCAAUUCAAAAACAGCGGAAUUACUUAGUCAUCAUCAGGUGGAAAUAAAACAAGAGUUUCCAAGAGAAGGCUGGGUAGAACAAGACCCUAAGGAAAUUCUGCAGUCUGUCUAUGAGUGUAUAGAGAAAACGUGUGAGAAGCUUGGACAGCUCAACAUUGAUAUUUCCAACAUAAAAGCUAUUGGUGUUAGCAACCAGAGGGAAACCACCGUAGUCUGGGACAAGUUAACUGGAGAGCCUCUCUACAAUGCUGUUGCUGCUCCAGUUUCUCCUGGCCCUUCAGUUCCAGUUGCCGUUGCUCCCUCUGGCUCUUCAGUUCCAGCUGCUGCUACUUCGUCAGUGUGGCUUGAUCUAAGAACCCAGUCUACUGUUGAGAAUCUUAGUAAAAGAAUUCCAGGAAAUAAUAACUUUGUCAAGUCCAAAACAGGCCUCCCACUUAGUACUUACUUCAGUGCAGUGAAACUUCGUUGGCUCCUUGACAAUGUGAAAAAAGUUCAAAAAGCUGUUGAAGAAAAUAGAGCACUUUUUGGGACCAUUGAUUCAUGGCUUAUUUGGAGUUUGACAGGAGGAGUCAAUGGAGGUGUCCACUGUACAGAUGUAACGAAUGCAAGUAGGACGAUGCUUUUCAAUAUUCAUUCUUUGGAAUGGGAUAAAGAGCUAUGCGAAUUUUUUGAAAUUCCGAUGGAAAUUCUUCCAAAUGUCCGGAGUUCUUCUGAAAUCUAUGGCCUAAUGAAAGCUGGGGCCUUGGAAGGUGUGCCAAUAUCUGGGUGUUUAGGGGACCAGUCUGCUGCAUUGGUGGGACAAAUGUGCUUCCAGGAUGGUCAAGCCAAAAAUACAUAUGGAACAGGAUGCUUCUUACUUUGUAAUACAGGUCAUAAGUGUGUGUUUUCUGAACAUGGCCUUCUGACCACCGUGGCUUACAAACUUGGCAGAGACAAACCGGUAUAUUAUGCAUUAGAAGGUUCUGUAGCUAUAGCAGGUGCUGUUAUUCGCUGGCUAAGAGAUAAUCUUGGAAUUAUUAAGUCCUCAGAGGAAAUUGAAAAACUUGCUAAAGAAGUAGGUACUUCUUAUGGCUGCUACUUUGUCCCGGCAUUUUCAGGGUUAUAUGCACCUUACUGGGAACCCAGUGCAAGAGGGAUAAUCUGUGGACUCACUCAGUUCACCAAUAAAUGCCACAUUGCUUUUGCUGCUUUGGAAGCAGUUUGCUUCCAAACCCGAGAGAUUUUGGAUGCCAUGAAUCGGGACUGUGGGAUUCCACUCAGUCAUUUGCAAGUAGAUGGAGGAAUGACCAGCAAUAAAAUUCUGAUGCAGCUACAAGCAGACAUUUUAUAUAUCCCUGUAGUCAAGCCCUCCAUGCCUGAAACAACUGCAUUGGGUGCAGCCAUGGCAGCUGGGGCUGCAGAAGGAGUAGGCGUGUGGAGUCUUGAACCCGAGGAUUUAUCAGCUGUCACGAUGGAGAGGUUUGAGCCUCAGAUCAACGCUGAGGAAAGUGAAAUUCGAUAUUCUACUUGGAAGAAAGCUGUGAUGAAAUCAAUGGGUUGGGUGACAACACAGUCUCCAGAAAGUGGUGACCCUAGUAUCUUCUGUAGUCUGCCCUUGGGCUUUUUUAUAGUGAGUAGCAUGGUAAUGUUAAUCGGAGCAAGGUACAUCUCAGGUAUCCCAUAAAUAAUAGAACUGAUGGAUCCCCAAGAUGCAUCCAGCAAUUUUCUCUCUUAAUGUGAUGACACUAUUCAUAGACUCUGAUUUAUUUAUAAGCCACUUGCUGCAUGAUCCUCCAAGUAGACUUGUGGCUUGAAAUAAAGAAAAUGCAGCA